AUGUUGGAGUUUGAGCACAACUUCGAUUUUAGGACGGUCCCUGCGGAGCCAGGCAUCCCCUUGAAGCUGGGGAGAUGUGCUGCUGCCUGCCAAGACCCUGCUGCCUUUUACAGGUGGCUAUACGAGGGCAUCAGCCGGGAGAAGGCCGAAGAGCUGCUGCUCCGGCCUUGCAACCACAGCGGAUCAUUCCUGAUAAGAGCAAGCCAAACCAGGAAAGGCUGCUACUCGCUGUCAGUCCGGCGCGCUGAGCACGCCUCCUGGGACUCGGUCAAACACUACCGCAUCCACCGCCUGGAGAAUGGCUGGCUCUACAUCUCGCCCCGGCUCACCUUCUCCAGCCUGCACGACCUGGUGGACUACUACUCUGAAUUUGGGGAUGGACUCUGCUGCCUCCUCAAGGAGCCCUGCUACUUGGAAGGGGUGAGACAAGCCCCAGCCCUGACCCUGCCUCCGCCGCUGGUUGUCAAGAAGCCAGCUCUCAACUGGGACAAGGUCGACAGCUCCGUCUUAUUUUCGGAGGCCACGUCCCUGCCAGAGGAAGACUCUCCCAUCAGCUUGGGCUUGCGGGAAGCCAUCAGCUCCUAUCUCCUCCUGACGGACGAAGCACCGCUGGAGAACAGCCCUGCAGAGAAGGGGAAGGCAGGGAAGAGCAGCUGAGGGCCCUGCUCAGCCCCAGCCCUGGAACAACCAUUCCUGCCCUAUUUAAAGCAUUCAGCCAGUGCUUCAGCGGAGAUAACUUGCCGCUGCUGAGGAAGCUGGGCACCCUCAUGCUGCUUUCCUGAUCACUAGAAGGAUGCUGGCCCAUGAGGUUGAGGCCAAGGACGGGACAGGCAGGCCCCUGUAACACCCAUGCUAGAGGGAAAAGGUCUCAAUGAAAGCCCAACCUUGCCAGAUCCGAGUGCUCUGGCAUGUGAGGGGCCUCCAGCCUGGCCCUGAAGUUCCUGGCAGGGGCGAGUUGAGAUGCCCAAGCAUUGCCCUGGGCUCGCGGGAGCAGAAGGCAGAGGCUAGUUGCUGCAACAAGGGUGCAGGGCUAAGCCCCGGGCCCAGCCCCAGCUGCUCUCCUGUAGCAGCAGGGAAAUACAAUGCAAAUCUGAAUAAGCUGAAGCAUGACCCACGCAAGGGCAGCUGGGGCGUCCCCUCCAUUCCCCCAGGGCAGAAACCCACUCCUGUACAGAGCUUCAACAUCAAGCUCAACCAGCCCUACCCCCUUAGGCUAAGGCUCUCACUUGUGUCCACCAAUUCGGCUCACAUCACUUGGCUGCAGGUCGGGGGUGUGCAUCUGUACAGGACAGGGCCUGUGUGCAGUGGGUCCUUCUAACUCCUCUCUGGCAGCUUGACCAGGACCAGCCCCUGCCCAUGAGCGGAACAGGGAGGGAGCAGAAGAAGAGGAAACUAUCCUCUUAUUUUCUCUCAAGUAGCAGACGUUUAAACCUUUUAACACAUGAGGACGGGAUUGUACUAGGUUUAGGGUUCCUAAAAUGGUGAGGAUCCUGUUGGACA